CACCGCCUGCGUCAGAGCCCGGAGUUUUCCACUGACGGAAAAGGGCAGCGCGGGGCGGCGCAGCCCGGCCCGGCCCCGGCAGCGGAGCGGGAGGCGCCGCGCCAGGCACCGCCGCUGCAGCCGGAGCCGCCGCGCCGACACCGCCGCCGCAGUUAUAUGACAAAAACAGCAUCACCAUGAGCGGAGUAUUGAAAAGGAAGUAUGAAGAGCUGGGGGAUGACAGCACCUACUGCUCCUCCUCCUCCUGUUCCCCCCUCUCCUCCUCAGCAUCCUCAGGCUGGGACACUGAUGAGGAGAAUUCCCGUGGAGAGCCCAAGCCCAGCUCUGCCUUAAUGUCCAGCUUCACCCCCACGUCAAUCCUGAAGAAAUCCAAGCGACUAAAGAAGAACAAUGUGGAGUUUGACCGGGUCACUGUGUUUUACUUCCCACGCUGCCAGGGCUUCACGAGCGUGCCUAGCCGUGGGGGCUGUACCCUGGGCAUGGUGAGCAAACACAGCUCCUCCCGCCAGUUCACGCUGGCAGAGUUUUCAAAGGAGCAGGAAAACGUCCGUCGGGGCAAACUCGAAGAGAAAUUAAAAGAGGAGAAGUUGGAAGCGUUGAAAUGGAAACUAACCAUGAACGGCACCAAGGAGUCAGAAGAGGCCAACCAGCUCACCAUCGAGGACAUCUCGGACGAUGACAUCGACGUCAGCAACGUGGACCUGGAGGAUGGCUUCUUCCUGCAGCCCUACCCCGCCAAGAAGAGGCGCGCGCUGCUGAAGGCCGUGGGCGUGAAGAAGAUCGACAAGGAGGAGAAGCGGGAGCUGCACAACAUCCGCCUGUCCCGGGAGGACUGCGGCUGCGACUGCCGCGAGGUCUGCGACCCCGAGACCUGCAGCUGCAGUUUGGCAGGCAUUAAAUGUCAGAUGGAUCACACCUCCUUCCCCUGCGGCUGCACCAAGGACGGCUGUGGCAACACCGAGGGCAGGAUCGAGUUCAACCAGGCCCGUGUGCAGACGCAUUUCAUCCACACCAUCAUGAAGUUGGAGCUGGAGAAGCAGCAGCAGAGCAGCGAGAAGGUGGCGGAGGCCGAGCCCCCUUUCCGGGAGCGGCUCCCUGCGCUGGGAUGCGCGGCAGGGAAGGGCUCGCUGGAGGAGCGCGCUGUGCCGCUGGCACCUGCCUUCCAGUUCAGCCCCGACCUGGAGGCCCUGGGGGAGAACAGCUGCAGCAGUGACAUGACAGACUCCUCCAUCUCCUCCCACCCCAGCGAGGACCUGGAGGAGCCCUACGAGAGCCUCCCCUCCGACAAAUCCCAGUCGGACGUGGACGACGACGGCUUGGCGCGCAUCCUCCACUUCAACGACUCGGACGCUGAGGAAGAGAGCAGGCGUGGCCAGGAUGACCUCGGCUGCUUCCAUCCCACCGACUUCUUCAUCGAGGACCAUGGCAGCGAGGCCAAGCCUGUCCCUGGCCACUUGUCCCACCUCUCAGAGUGCCUGGAUGAGAAUGCCAACCAGGACAGUGGGGGUUUGCUGGAGGAUGCAGCGCAUGGGAGGUGCGAUGGGUUGUCCUGCUGCGCCUCCUCCUCCACUGAGCCCUGCUCCAAGAGCUACGCCGACCUCAGCCUUUCCUCUGAUUCCUUGGAUUUCUUCCAGUCCUUCUCAGACUAUAACUUGGGACCCCUUUACAACUCCUUAAAGGAGUAUGAGAACCUGGAUAACUUCUCAGCGUUACAGUUUCAGUUGCCUAAUUUCCCCGGCUUCCCACAAGCCGGAGAUCAGGGCUCCUGUUUCUUGGAGUCCCUCAUUGGUUUGUCCGAAUCCAUCCCUGAAACCCCAGCCCCUUUCACAGACAAUCAACUUUUGGAGGAUGCCAUCAAGUCAUCACUGAUGGAGACAGUGAAGGUGUGAAACACUCAUGUGGCUCAGGCAAGGACUGAUGCCGAAAGGAAAACAGAGGAACAGUGGGACAGACAAAAUUUCACUGAAAGGAUGGUGUGCUACUCAAAUAUAAGGAAGAAAAAACAGCAACAGCAGAAGACUUUCUAAGCAAAUUAACUAUUUUUGGUCUUUAUACAACAUGGGCGUUUUGACAUACUGCAGCUACAAUCAGUUCUCUCGCCAUUUGUGUAAAAAUUUCUAAACUUUCAUGAUGGGGUGGGGAAGGGAGGGAGGGAGAAAGACUUUCACAUGAGAAUUUCCUUGUGUUUUGUACGAAAAGACCUGUUGAGAAAAACUCCUCGCUAACGUUGCCAGUCGUCCAUACAGCCUCUUCUAGAAACGUUUCAGUGUUGCAGGAACUUUUUAAGGCAACUUUUUGAAGCUGUAUUUAUUGUGAAAAUUUGUGGUUUGCGUAAGAGUCGGCCCAACACACUCUUACGUUUAAAUCUGAUGAGGUUUACAGAAGAGAUCCAUACACUAUAUACAUAAUCAUUCUUCAUCUAUUUAUUGCAAAUUCCAGAAUUUAACUAGCCACUGAAGCUUGAACUAGCAUGAAACCUUAUUUAAAUUGGUAAUACCUCAGAUGUAUUAUGUGUACAAUCAUAUUUUUUUUGCAUAAUAUAUCUGUAUUUAUUUAUUUUCUACCUGUAGUACGUGAAUAGCACUGUGGUUUGUCGAUGACCUGGAAGGGCAAUAAGGUCUUCAAGAGGAAGAUGACCCUGGUUUUUCUGAGUCUGAAUGAUGUUGGCUGUUUGGUCUUCACUUCACAUUUCUAAAAACACUGAACAGAAGUGGUGUGGCAGGGGAGGGAUGAGGGAAGAGUUUGUGCAACAUCCCUUGGUUUCUCCCAGCCUUGUCGUAGACACGAGAAUGGUGUUUGGUCUCCAUAAUGUCACUGUGGAGAGCAAAGCAAGCAAAACUAUUUAAGAAGUAACAUUAAUACUAGCACGAAACAAGACCCAACCCCUUUUUGUAAAUUAUUUUAUAAUUUAUUUAAUUUCCUAGGGAUUUGGCCAUGAGAUCUUUCCCCAUCAGUUAUGGUGCCUGAAUAUGCAGAGGAACUGUCAGCAGCGGUGGGGAGGUGUAACCAUAAGGACCUUGGCAGCCCUCGUGGGGGGCUUUGGGAGAGCAAAGCCAAAACAGCAACAGUGCUCAAGCUCCUCAGCAAGUGCUCCUUAGGACUCCCCAGCACCGAGGAUGUUGCAGCUCCAAAAUCCAGUGGGUCACACUGAUUGUACUAUAUUUUUAUAUAGGUGAAUCGAGUAAUUCAAGCAAAACAGAUGGAUGUGAAUUUUUUUGGGUUAUUUAUCCUGUGAGUACAGUUUUUGAAGACCUGAAGUCCAAGCUGAAAAACUGAAGGCUUUUGGUUUUUAAAAUGAGAGAAAUCUUUGUGUUUAGGAAGGAUACUGGAGGCUGCCUUGGCCUUUUGCUCUUUAAGUCAGUCAGAGCAUGACACUGUUCGGCCAUGAGAUGUAACUGGACAAAAAAAUCUGUGCAUCAGUGAUACACUAAGUGCCUACACCAGUGGUAUCGAAAAAGCAAAACGGAUUUAAAACCUACUGGCUAUCAAUUCCCCCUUGGAAAAUUUGGUGAUGGGAGUGAUUCCUGGCAUUACCAGCACAGGAAGAGGAGACAGUUCUGGUGUCCCCAGCUCUGCUGCCUUGGGAGCAGCUGGAGGGAACUUCUGGGGAUGCAGAGACUCACAGACAAGGGAACCAACCCCAAAACAUGGAUUUGAGGAUUUUUCCAUUGGCUGAACUGUUUCUAUCCCCAACCACAGGGAUGGUGCUCUUGGAUACCUGCUCUUCGACAGGUGCCUCACUGCAAACCUGCCGGCAAUUUAGGAAACUUCUGGCGUACGAAACGUGGGUUGCUUGGGUUUUUUUUUAAAAUCCUUAUUAUUGCUAUUUAAUUGUCAAUCUUCUCUGGUAUUGAGCCAGUCAACUUGGAAGUGGAGCUGACCCCCCACGGCCACGAGCGGGUCCUGAGCCCGCGCCCGCCGCCGCUUCCUCCCGCAAGGCAUCGCCCCCGGGGCGACUGUAGGAAUACUACUGGCAGAUGGAGGAUUUCCUGGAUAUAUCUAUUAUUAUUAUUAUUAUUAUUGUUAUUGUUAUUAUUAUAAUAAUAAUUAUUAUUUUUUAUUAUUAUUUUUCAUUGUCGUCAUUGUUUCUUUAGACUGAAAAAUCCCCUCUUCGGUUAUCUCCUAGGUGGUAGUUCCUUCAGUUCCUGCAGACUGCAUCAAAAAUACUGACAGUUGAAAGUCUGGUAGCCUUCUGUAUUUAUUGGCACUAAUAUAUUUUGUAACAUUCCUAGGUUUCUCUGCGUAUAUAUAUUUAUAUAUAUAUAUAAAAUAUAUGCCUAUAUUUUAUAUAUGUAUAUACACACACACACACACACACACACACUUUUUUUAAGUGAAUGAUUGGGAUUGACUCCUGCCUUGUGGAUUUUUUUCAGUAAUUUAUUCUUUCUAUUUGUGUUGGUGCCAAAAAAGAAAAAAAUAUUUUUUCUCUUUUUUUUUUUUUCCCCAGGGCACCGAAUUGUAAAUAUAUAAUUUUUUUUCUUCUUGGUAUCUGUGUAAAAAGUUGCCUGUUAAACAGUUUAAAAACUGGGUAUUUAUUGACACAAUCUGUAAUUAUCUAAUGUAUUGGUUGAAACACUUUGGUUUCAACAUAGCUUUAUUUUAGCUUUCUUUGUGUAUAUAUUGUGAUUAUGUUGCUUAAAGGUACAAGUUAAAAAAAAUGCUUUAUUUUUACCUUAUCCAUUUGCAUUUGUUUAUUAAAAAAAGCAUAUUUGUCUACAGCUGCUGUCUCUCAUUUCAUCAAAGCAAUAUGAAGAAAUUUCCAUUACACUUUCAAUAAAAGAAUUUUGUUUGAAUACGGCAGUGUCUUCACUAAUGUCCUUUUUGUGACACAAUAACCUUUUCUCUUUUCUCUAAAUAAAGUAAAAAAUCAGUGCAUGGGAUGUGGUUUUCCCAAACUUUUUGGCCUUGUGGAUGGUGGCUGCUUGUCUCUAAGGGACGAUAGAAUAGACAACAGUCAUGGCAGCAUCCACAUCACCAAGGAGGAAUCUUGGGAAACCCUGGAAACCACUUUCCCUCCUGGGUUACAAAUAAUUUCUCAUUGCCCUCUGGCUCCCCUGGGACCUGGAAGGAUGCAGCUGCACAGAAGCAUCACCAUGGUCCUGUGCCCCUGGGGAAAGACAGAAAAAAAUACUCUUGGUCAUGGCAACAGCACAAAAAGAAGAGAGUAGCAUGUGAAGCAGCCCAUGGUACAAAGGAAAAAGAUGAAUAAAUCCCAGGAAUCUAGAAAAAGCACACCUCUCCCAUGGGUCUGUGCCUGUCAGCACAGGCAUAAAUCAUAACCACUGCCAUUGACCUGAAAGCAAGGGAAAUUGGCCAAAGAAUGCCAUUGUCUAGUUUUCCAUUGGGAAUCCAUUUUUAAAGGUUGCCAUCUGCCCCCAGAGCAGAGAAGCUCAAUUAAUUGAAUAAACUAUUUGUUACAAAUUAUUUGCUGAGCUGUAAAAGCAGAAAUACUGAAAAGGCUCAUCCAUGGAGGCUCUGCAAUAUGCAUUGAAGCUCAGCCUGGUUACCCACCCAGAGGGAUGUAUUUGGUUGUGGGUUUUUUUUUCUUUUAUGGGAUUUAUGUCUGUAAUUCCCUUUUACAUUACCUAUUUUCUGACUGGGAGUGGAAUAAUUCCCAACAUACAGCUCCAGCUGCAGCACUGGUGGGUUUUUGGCUCAUGGUGAUAACUGUGUUGUGCCCUGGCACAAGACAUCAUCACCAGGGGACCCAACAGCCCCAAGGGACAGUGCUGAAACAGCCCCAAGGUGCCUCAUCUCACCAGCCUCUGGAAUGGGCAUCCCCAUGAGGAAUCACAGAGUCCUGGAAUGCUUUGGGUUGGAAGGGAUUAUAUUGGAGACCACCUAGUUCAACCCCUCUCCUGAUGCCUUUCACUUCACCACGUUGCUCUAGGCCUCAUCCAGCGUGGUUUUGGGCACUUCCAGGGAUGGGGCAUUCACAGCUUUUCUGGGAAACCUGUGCCAGGGCCUCACCACCCUCAGAGUAAUUAAUUUCCUCCUAAUAUCUAAUGUAAACUUGCCCUCUGUCACUUUAAAGCCAGCUUCCCUGUCCUAUCACUCCGUGCCCUUGUCCAAAGUCCCUCUCCAGCUCCUUCAGGCAUGCUGCUCUGGAUGCAGCCCACAAUGGGGUUGGGGCUUCCUGGGCUGCCUGUGCACUUUGCCAGAUUGUGCCCAGACUUUCAGCAAUCCCCCCAAGUCCUUCUCUCCAGGGCUGCUUUCCAGCCAUUCUCCACCAAACCUGUGUUUGUGUUUGGGAUUGCCCUGACCCAGGUGCAGGACCUUGGGUUGUUUUUUUCCUCAUCCCAUACCAGUGACAGACUAAAACUCGAAUGGGAACAUGCCAAUAAUUGGCCAUUCUGCAGUGCCCUUUCCCUGGGAAAGCCAAGCUGACCUCCAGGUCUGAGUUAAAGCCUCAGCUCUGGCAAACUUCAGCUGAAUUCCAUGGGAAAUGCUCUUGGAUGGGCAGAGGAAGUGCCUGUUGCAGUGACAGGGGUCUGGAAGCCCCAGGAAUGCAUCACCUGGGAUGCUUUUAUUGCCUCUGCUGAAGAUCUAAGGCUCCCUUACCCACUGCAGUGUCACACUGCUCAGACACACUUUACAACCUGUUCUUUUCCUUCUAUCAGCCGGACAAACGACAAAAAAAAAAAAUUCACCCAAACCUCCAGCCUCCGAGGCAAGCACAAGACCCCGUGGAUGCCCUCAGCGCUGCAGAGCUCUCAGCUUGCCCUGCAGCUCCUGGCUUGUUUGGUUUGGUUUGUUUGUUCGUUUUUUUAAUUUUCCUCUGACGGAGUUAAAGUCCACCCCCUCCGUCACUUGAUGAGAAAAGUCCUGGGAGCUCUGAUUCCCGCACGGCGCCAGGUCUGGAGUCACCGGGGCUGGCGUCACCGGCUGUUCCCGUCCCCGGCGGCCCCGGGUCGCCAGUGACUCAUCCCUUUUCCGGAGGCACAAAACGCUCCGAGCCCUGCUGGCACCUCGGGACCCAGCGAAAGCAGG